GUGCAAGGAUUAUCAUGGCAUGUAGAGAUGUUGAAAAGGCAGAGAACACUCUGAAAGAGAUCACAGAGGAAUCAGGAAAUCAAAAUAUUGUGAUCAGAAAACUGGACCUGUCUGACACCAAGUCCAUCAAAGAAUUUGCAGAGGUAAUGAAUAGAGAGGAGAGCCAAGUGAAUAUCCUCAUCAAUAAUGCUGGAGUAAUGAUGUGCCCCUAUUCAAAGACGGCAGAUGGCUUUGAGAUGCAGUUUGGUGUAAACCAUUUGGGUCAUUUCUUGCUGACCUUCCUGUUGCUGGACCUAAUGAAAAGGUCUGUGCCUGCAAGGAUCAUCACCGUGUCCUCCAUGGCACACAGCUGGGGCUCCAUCCAGCUCGACGACAUCAACAGCGAGAGGCACUACCACAGCAGACGAGCGUACGGGCAGAGCAAGCUGGCCAACAUCCUCAGCACCCGCGCCCUGGCCAAAAGGCUCAAAGGGACAGGAGUAAACGUUUAUGUCAUCCACCCGGGAGUGGUACGCACAGAGCUGAAGAGGCAUAUGAACAUCCCACUGCUGGUGAUGUGGAAGAUCGUCAGGCCCUUCACCAAGACAGUAGUGCAGGGAGCCCAGACGUCCAUCUACUGCGCUGUGGAGCCUGAGCUGGACACAGAGAGUGGCCGAUACUACAGCAACUGUUCCCCGGCCAGUUGUUCCAGGGCAGCAAGAGACGAUGACAUGGCAGAGAAGCUGUGGGAGCUCAGCUGCCAGAUGCUGGGAAUUACCUGGGAAUAAACCAC